UAUAGUAUAGAGGGUCAUAAACGUCCACCUAGUAUAGAGGGUCACAAACGUCCACCUGGUAUAGAGAGUCAUAAACGUCUACCUAGUACAGAGGGUCAUAAACGUCCACCUGGUAUAGAGGGUCAUAAACGUCAACCUAAUAUAGAGGGUCAUAAACGUCCACCUCUUAUAGAGGGUCAUAAACGUCCACCUGGUAUAGAGGGUCAUAAACGUCCACCUAGUAUAGAGGGUCACAAACGUCCACCUAAUAUAGAGGGUCAUAAACGUCCACCUCUUAUAGAGGGUCAUAAACGUCCACCUGGUAUAGAGAGUCAUAAACGUCCACCUAGUAUAGAGGGCCAUAAACGUCAACCUAGUAUAGUAUAG